AUGGCGGACAUAAACAGGACGAACUCUCCCAUGAACUUGUAUCGAGAAGAUGUUUUAGACACCAAAGAAGAGCUUGACAAAGCAAGAGAAAAAUUAAUCGGAGAGCAGAAAAAGACAGCGCCGUUCCUGGUGGGCAGCAUUGAAAGAGUUAACGAGAGGAUAGCAACCUUGGACAGGGAGCUGCAGGGUUUCUCUGAACUGUUGAUUGAGAGUAAGGCCACCAAUGUUCCUGAUGAUGUCCUGCCAAUGUCACCAAGAUUUCAGAAGGGUCCCCAGAAAGCAUCGGAUGUGAAAGAACUGAAUCAAUUUGCUGGCGUGUACGCUGCUAAAUCGACAUUAUUUCCAGUGGUCACUCCAAAGAUGAAGCAUCUUGCCAAAAUCAAUGAGUCAAGCAAGAAGAUUGCCAAAGACAAAGGAGACACCAAACCAAAAUUGGUUGAGCUUCAUCAGUACAUGGGCUAUGACCCCAACCAGCUGACGCCCCUGCCAGACUUGGAGACACUCACCAUCAUAAAGAGGGUGACAGAAGCCCAGACAGACCUACCGUGCAAACCCCAGUACAGGCAGGAGUUCAAGAGGCUCUUUUUCUCCAAGAUGUCGGAGGCUGUGUUAGUUGAUACGUUCUGGUGGUUCUUCCUCUAUCGUUACCAUCCGAGUAAGAAGACUCAAGAGCGACUCUUCAACCGUGUGGCUCACAACUUCGUCAAGCUGUUGCUGUUUGCAAAGCACCCCAAGUACAGGGACGUCUUCUUCCAAGAUUACAGUGACAUCCUAGCCCAGGCAAUUUACAGCGCCUUCUGCGCGGCCUUCCCAAACUCCUGGCGGCAGUUUGACGCUGACUUCAGAAGCGACCUUUGCUGUUUGACCUCCCAGUGGGUGGUGGGGACCAGGCCAGCACCACGAACAUGGCUGAGGUGGAACUACCCAGCUCUGGAGCCACCAAACAUGAAAAGAGAGGAGUUCAUGAAAGCAGACAAUAAGAAAGGUGGUCUUUUCAACUUUGACAUGUUGACUCCAGAGGAUAGCAGUCAUUCCAAUCCUAGUAAACCUGUCGAUCCAGCAGCUGUCCAUCCUCAACCCCUUCACAAUCUCUCAGGUAAAACCAAACAUUCCCAAACACCCAGCGAGUCCUCAGUCUCGACUGCCGCCACAGGCUUAAUGCCCCAGGACUCGGACUUCAUGUCCAUAUCAACGGUGGCGCGGGCGCAACACGCCCCCCUGCCUCUCCGAGGGGGUGCCAGGGGGCCUGCUGUCCACCAACUACCUGGCCCUGGCCACACAGAGGCAGCAAAGGGAGGUGUGAAGACAGGUGGGCUACUUCCAAUCAGCGAGGACACUUCCGAAGUCCCAGAUGGCAGCGAGUGUCAAACAGGUAAGACAAGAGCGCGAAAGAGCCACAGAGGACGGAACGAUCCGAGAAGUGAUGUCCUCUCCAAGAACAACGGGGGAAAGUUAAGGCCUCGUGACAGCGGUAGCAGACACGCGCUGGAGACACAUGCAUCCAAGUCAACAACACAGUCUGUAACCAGGCUACGGAGCAACGGACAGGCAGAAGAGUCCCACCCUGUCGGUGAAGGAGCCACAUUCGCCAAGGUCAUCUUCAACAGCAAUGGUCAGAGUCCAUUGGUCUUACACUUCCUCAGGCAGAAGGGACUGGACCAGAAGGCCGGUAUCGACAACCUCCUCAGGAGAACCGAGAUCAGGAAACUACCUCCAAUGGACGCCCCAACCUACAAGCAGUUGAUCCAAGACACCUUCCAUUCAAUCAGGCAAGCAGAUGAGAACUACAAACUGAUGCACGAUGACGGACUGAAAACCCACGCACAGUUCCUGAAGAGACAGAAGCAGCAGCUGCAGGAGCACAUGAGACGUGAAGAUUCAUUGAUGGCCCAGCCAAAGGAGGUGAAACGAUUGAGCGACCUGUUAGUCUUGGAGUUACUGAGAGACCAAGAUGAAGUCAGUACAGGUGCAGCGCUGGCAGUGGAAGAGGCCUUGUUACAACAGGACCAGGUCUACACCUACAUGUAGGACCUCAGUGCUGAUGUCUGCAUCCUCCUCUACAGCCUGCCCAGACACCAGACUCGGAUCCUGCUAGAGAUGGAUUCUUUUCUUCUCUUAUGAUUUUUCUUUGCGUGGCUUCAGUCAUUUUUUUAAAUCUCGGCUGACUGGGGUUUGACAUCCCCGGGAUCAUUUUUCAAACUUCUGUCAAUCAGCCACUAAAUGACAAUACUCCAAACUGUGGCUUCAGAGCAGAAAGUUUGGCAUUUCUGUGCAAGAGAAUGUCUUAAGAAGGUCUUAACUGAGGCUAAAAGGUGGCUUAAUUCAGGCCACGUAUGGCAUUUACGCUGAGAUUUGGAAACCUUCCUGCCAUGUGUAAAUGAAUUAAAAAAAUGCCUUGUGCUUUUGACUGUCAUUGGCCGUUAUCAAGUUGACAUGAUAAAAUUUAACAUGUUCACGUUUUUACUUCAUUUUACGCCCUUGAUGUUUAUCCAGUAACAAUGCAUUGCUUGUAUAACUUGGUCCAAAACAGUCAUGCAGGAACAUUUGAUUUUCAAUACAUACCCACCAUAGAUUUGGCAUGCAGAGUUGAUAUGCACUAAAAAACCCACCAAUCAAAGGUACCUUUAGUCUUUCUUAACCUUUUCCUCUCCUUCCGAGCUGAUGAUAAUUUUAUUUCCCCUUUAACCAAACAGGGGUACACCUGUUUCUAAAUACUGCUGUUGAAUUUUUAAAUAUUCCAAAAUUUGUAUGAGUAUUUUGGGGUUUUCUGUAUGAAGAGAAUCAAGCCAUUCACCAGUGUUAUAUUGUAUAUACAUGUAUGUAAAAUAAUUUGCAGAGAAUUGUUUAUUAUUCAAAGAAGGCUGAUAAUAAAGUAAAGUCUUGACAAAGGGAA